GGGAACAUAAACGAACCCUACUUACCCUCUUCAUUCUUCACUCUAAUUCACUUGCUGCCGUCACUCCAGUUCAGCCCUGUCCACCGUCGCCACCGGGAACCGCCGCCGCGCCACUUGGAGGGGUUCUCUUCUUGAGGAAAGAGAACACACAGCCCAUCACACCAGUUAUUCUGAUCAGCACUGGACCAAACUACCAAAUCUCUGUCAUUUUCUUAAUUCUGGUUUCCUUUAAUAUUGCUGGAUAUUUACAAUGAUUGGUUUACAGAAUUCAGUUGGGCUACUUUCUAAUAUCAGUCAGAGACUCCUUCAGACUGUUUCAUUCCGUGGUCUACGCUUUCAAUGCCUUCGUGUGGGGAACACAGAGAUUCCAAAUGACAAGAAACUUGAAUUCUCGCUUCAGCACAUUUAUGGAGUUGGUCGCUCCAGAGCUCAUCAAAUCCUCUGUGACCUCAGCAUAGGGAACAAACUCACCAAGGAUUUAACUGGAGUGGAGCUCAAUAAUCUUCGUGAAGAAGUUUUAAGAUACUUGACUGGAGAAGAUUUGAAGCGAUGCAUUGAUAACGAUAUAGGAAGAUUGGUAGGCAUACAAUGCUAUCGAGGGAUUAGGCAUCAGCAGGGGUUGCCAUGCAGAGGACAGCGAACCAGCACGAAUGCCAGGACCCGUAAGGGUAAGAGGGUUGCAAUUCCAGGAAAAAAGAAACCCACCCGUUAAAUCUAAUGGUGGAUUGUUUUGUGUAAUCGGAGUAUGUUGAUCCAAGUUUUGAAAAUGAAUAAGAUGUAGCACAAAUACAGUAACUUUAUAGGGUUAGUUAAAUCCUUUCUUGGAAGUGCCUCUUGUUGAACUUAAAAAAAAUUUCUGGUGUAACCAGAUGUGACUUCAUGAUGUUUUUGCAUAAUACAAAUUUUUUAUUGUAGGUUAA